GGGCCUAGCAGAGAGGCCUUGUGGCCCAGAAGGACAUUACAUUACAGGCAGGUUAGAUAGAGAGACAGCUGGAACCUCAGGAGGCCUGCUUGCUGGCUCUGUCUGAUUCUGGUUGGGAGAAUUCAUGAAUGAUGCAUCUUCUAAGUAUCAAACAUGACUUGUUGGUACAGUUAAAAUGUAACACACUGAUAACCAUGGCAGAGCUGGACCUGAGCCUGAGCGAUGCUCUGAUGGACAGUGUGCCCCAGGCUGGCCCGGAGGACCUGGUGGAGAGGGACUUUGUGGCCCAGCUGGAGGCCGAGGCCUUUGACGACCAGGUGGGCGAGACUGUGGGCAAGACGGACUACAUCCCCCUGCUGGACAAUGACGGGAACAGGGCAGAUGCCGACUCUGUGUUGGAGAAUGGCGAGCAGGACGCCCAAGGGGCACAAAAACCUGUUACUGCAGGUUCUAAAGUGACACCUGGGGGACAGACAGCAGCGUCACGCCCAGAACCACAGGGGGAAGUGCGUCCCAAUUCGUCAGAGCAGCAAGUCUUUGCAGCCCUCUCAGGCUCCAUGGCAGGCUUCCCUGAUCAUUGGAGCUCCCAGCCCAACAACCCGCCCCAGAUGAUGGACAGUGGACUGAUGGGAGAUUCUUCAGGUUUCUCCCAGCCUGCUAUGGGGACGGAGAUGGGGAUAGCUCCACUAUCGACAGAGAGGCCUCCCAGCAUCGCAGAGCCCCAGAAGCCCCCACCUCAGGCAGCCAACACACCCAAGGACAUGUCUGCAGGUGCCCUGGGCGAUGGCUGGCCAGACGAGGCUUGCAUUCCCACCGACCUGCCAUUCACCCAAAGCGUCUCCACAGUGAUCAGUCGCCAUGCCAGCCACCUGGCGGCCAGCCCCGAGGACCGCCCUGACUCUGGCUGGCCCCUCCGAGAGGCCUCGGCGGUGGGGGAGGAGAGGGAAAGCAACGAAGGAAACGACCGCAAACAACAGCAGAAGAAGAAGAAGAAAAGGAGGCCCCGGGAUGAUGUGUACGACCUGGUAGAGAACAGAGACCACCCGGAGGCUCAGGCUGAAAACACACCCCUGUCAGAGGGCCACCACAGGGUCUCCCCCCGCAAGGACAGGGACAGGAUGGAUGGAGGCUGGGAGCGCGAAGAGCCAGGGAGAAGUGGAGGCAGGGGAAAGAGGGGCAAGAGCAGGAAGAAGCUUCCAGAAGAGUGGGGAGUCACAGCUGAGCCCUUCGUGCCCUCUUCUGCCUCUUCUGCCAAUGACCUCCCUGAAGGGGUGUUAGACCAACUAGUGCCCCCCAUCACCCAUUCCCAGCCCCUGGAGAACCCCUACUCCAACAUGGGGCUGAGUCCUGCCAGUGAGGAGUUCUACGGGGGCCUCUUCCCUCCAUCUCUCACCCAGGACCUGCUCUCUCUCACAGCUCCCACCUCCCCUCCACCGGCCCUGGGCUGUGAGCUCCUGCGUACCGCCCCUGUCUCCAUGCCCACCAGUCAGGGAGACUUCUCGCCCAAGAACACCUUCCCCAUGGCCUCACGUCCAGGAGACCCAUUCACUGCGAGCUACCAAGACCUGCUCAUGGAUACAGAGAACGCUAGCAUGGGCAAUGUCAAAGAGGCUUUCUCCACAACCUUUCCACUAGAUUCCCCAGUUCAUGAGUCGGGUGUCAAGGUGGUGUUUGAUCAUGACACCCCCAUGCAUGAUGUCCAUAUGAAAAAUGCCUUAAGUUUAAGCCUCACCCGCCAACCAGAUCGUGGCCUGCCCCCAUUGGAGAAGUUCAGUGAGCUCACAGCGACCGCUCCCCCUUUCUCCCCCUCCGACAGCUCCUGGCUCAUCAAUGACUCCAACUUCAACAACGACUCCUUUGAGUUCAGUGACAUCACUCCAGGGCGCCCACUACCUCUUGGCCUAGCCUUCGACACACCCAGCCCAGCCCCCCUCCGCUCCCCCAAAACCAUACCCGAAUGUCACCCCAGGGAGGGCAAAUCCCCAUCACAGAAUAUACCCACGAAGUCCCCCUCCUCCUCUUCCACCAAAAGCCCCACCUCCCCGGGGUCUGGUCUGAACCCCGCUGCCAAGCCCUUCUUCCCCAGCUUUGCCGAACUCACAGAGCCCCUGGUGGUGGUGGCCCCCAUGUCUGAAGUCAAAUCAGAGAAGAUGGACAAACCAGAGAAAGAGGAGACGAUGGACCACUUUGAGAAGUUGGACCAAUUUGACAUGUUGGAUAAGCUCGAUAAAGUGGAGAAGAAGGAUUCGACUGGGAAGACUGAGGCGUCAGUGAAGGUGGCGUAUGCAGGACCACUGGACAAAGGAGAGAAGAUGGGUCAAAUGGACAAGGCAGAGAAAACGGAGAAGCUGGAGCCGGCAGAAAAGGUAGACAAAGAAGAAAAACCAGAGAAGGUGGAUAAAAUGGAUAAGGGCGACAACACAGACAAGGUAGAGAAAACUGACAAAGUAGAGAAGAUGGACAAGGUUGAAAAGCCUGAGGAGACAGAACAGAAUAUUGAAAAAAUGGAGAAGACCCCAGAGAAACUGGAGACAGAGGUGAAGUUAGACACAUUUGACAAGAUGGAAACACAGCCUGGCAAGAUAGAAACACAGUCUGGCAAGAUGGAAACACAGCCUGGCAAGAUGGAAACACAGCCUGGCAAGAUGGAAACACAGCCUGGCAAGAUGGAAACACAGCCUGGCAAGAUGGAAACACAGCCUGGCAAGAUGGAAACACAGCCUGAUAAGAUGGAAACACAGCCUGACAAGAUGGAAACACAGCCUGGCAAGAUGGAAACACAGCCUGGCAAGAUGGAAACACAGCCUGGCAAGAUGGAAACACAGCCUGACAAGGAGAAGACAGAUCAUGUUGGAAAGGUAACAGUAACAGGUGAGAAAGUAACAGAAAAUGUUGAGAAGCCCAAAGACAACGUUGAGAAGGAGGAUAAGAAGCCAGAGAAAACAGAGCUGGCUCAGAAAUUAAACAAGCAGGUUAAGGUGGAGAAAUCGGAGAAAAAAGAGCUGAAAAGUCCUGAGAAAAAGACGGACAAGAAAUCAGAGACCGCUGAUAAGGCCAAAAAACCUGCAAGUAAACCCUCGACCAAUGGGAGCAAUGCCGCACCAAGCAAGGACCUGCCCAGUCCAGACAAGAAGACCAAGCCUGUCGCCGGGGCAACCAAACUGAGCGCCGCUAAGCCGCGGCCGAGCUCGGCAGCAUCCGCUGGUGCUGCCGCCCCCAAACGCCCCACCCCUUCCUCCACUUCCACCACCACCUCAGCCACCCUCCUCAACAAAAAAACGCCCGUGCCCAAGGCCCCUACCCCCACUGCUGGCCCCAAGCGGCCUUCGUCCACAGUCAGCCGACCCACAUCCGCAGCCACCGCCUCCACCACUGCGCCACGUGAGGUCAAGCCCAAGACGACCACAGAGAGGCGUCCUCUAGUGCCAAAGGCCACCGCCGCCUCCACGGCUCGAAUUGCUGCCCCCAAAAACGGCACUGCCACCACGGCAACCAGUAAACCAGCCACGGCGACCCGCACGCCCCUCGUAUCCCGCACUGCCGGCAGCGCACCUGCAACCAGACGCCCUCAGGCAUCAAAGACUGACAGCAAGCCAGGAGAGGACAAGAAGCCCAGCACUCUGAAGUCAACAACAGCAGACUCCACCCGGCCCCGGACCAGCACCACCCGCAGCUCUAUAGCUAGCACCACCAGCGCCACCCCCCGUGUCCGCCCCUCCACCACCAAACCUGCCCCCUCCUCCUCCUCCACAGUAUCAGAGAAGAAGCCGGCUGUGCCCCGCGUCCCCCGUCCCACCUCCACCACCACCACCACGGGUAGUGCCAACGCCACGCGUACCACCUCCCGCCCAGGCACAGCCCCCGCACCAGACAUUCGCAAUGUGCGCUCCAAGAUCGGCUCCACGGACAACAUGAAGUACCAGCCUGGAGGGGGGAAGGUCUCUGGCAGGAGCGACGCCCUGGCCAAAGGCUCCUCCUCCAAAGAGACCAGCGAGGCCAAAGUUCAGAUAGUCUCCAAAAAGCUGGACUUCAGCCACGUCACCUCACGCUUGGGUUCCAAGGACAAUAUCAAGCAUGUUCCUGGUGGAGGGAAGGUACAGAUACUCAACAAGAAGGUGGAUCUAAGCAAAGUGACAUCGAAGUGUGGCUCCAAGGCCAACAUCAAACACAAGCCUGGGGGCGGCGAUGUGAAGAUCGAGUCCCAGAAAGUGAACAACAAGGAUCAGGCUAAGUCCAAAGUGGGCUCAAUGGACAACCUCUGUCACGAGCCCGGUGGUGGCAACAUCAAGGCUGAGGGAGCCGAGGAGACGGCAGAGGAAAAUGGGGCUCCCUCCAGUGAUGCCUCAGCCAAGGUGCCAGGGCAGGCAAGCAACCCCGCCCAGGAGAAUGGGGUGAAGGAGGGUGCCCCCUGCGGAAGCCAGGGCAUCCAUGACCCCCAGGGCUUUGACUCGCGCAUCCCUGAGACAAGCUUCUAAUUCUUCUUUGUGCUAUCCAUCUACCCUCUUCAUCUUAACCCCCUCAACAUCUCCUAUGUCCCCCACUCCUCUCUCCUUCUCUCCUCUUUCCCAUUCUUUCUGUCCCAUUUACACACUUCCUGCUGCAGAUUGAGUCUUUCAAGCUCAACUUCCGCGAGAACGCCCGCUCUCGCACGGACCACGGCGCCGACAUCAUAACCUGGCCAGCCCCGGGAGACAGCCCCUCACACCCACAACGCAGCGUCUCUCUCAACGACUCCCUGACUUCUGCUGGCUACCCCCGCUGCCCCCUCCCUCCUCCCCCCGCUGGGACAGGGCGGCAACGGCACGCUAGCAGGACUCAGAUCAUGACCCUCAAUCCCACAUCCAAACACCUCACCCAUGUAUCAUUCUCUUACUAUGCCUAAACCUGCGCUUACCUACCUACCGCUGUCCUGUGUUCCCAUUGGAUGAGCUGACAUUGUACAUAAAGUAGACCAAGCUUCAAGCAGGUUGGGAUAACAUUGGGAGGGGAAUGGAGGCUUGCCAUGUUAACUGUGAAGUCUAAUUCAUGUUUCCUUACCUCUCCAAGAGCAUAACAUGGCAGUUGCAGCGUACAGUAGCAAAAAUCAGUCUUAUCCAGUAUUACAGUACGUCCUAGUGCCGUUUUAGUGAGAGUAAUCUACCAGGCAUCGCCAGCCCUGAACACACCUGUUUGGUUCACAUAGACACCCCCAAUGGGAAACCUUCCUAGACUCACCUAUGGGUUAUGUACGCAGACUAAUAUGUGUGUAGAGCCCUUUUACUUGUGAGCAUGUAGGGCUGUGGUGUGUUCCCAAUAACCAUUGAUUAAUUUACUCACUAUUCACCAACCAUCGACUCAUUCACUCACUGCCUCACCUCCCUCCUCUCUCAUAUCCAUGUACCCAGAGUCCAGACCCCUCUUUUUCACUGUCCAAGGGUUAAAUACAUUUUGUUUUUUUAAAGAGCACUCACAAAAUAUUAGUAAACUAGUAGACUGUACUUGAACAGUAGGCUAUUUAACUCUCUUUAAACGGUGUGUUUGUGAUGGUGUGUUUGAUUGAAUAAUACUGUAACAAUGAGCUGUGGCGUUCUGUUCUGUUUACUUUUACAUUAGUUAAUUUUCUUCGUCAGCUUAGUUUUAAGGUUUGUUCCAUUGUUUUCUUCUCUUUACCAACAGGGCUCAGAAAUCCUCUUGAAUACACACGCAUAUAUUUUUCUCGAAACAAAGGCACACAGUCAUGGAGAUGCGACUCCGUUUAGGGCGUUGAGACUGAGAAAGCAUGUCAGGGGUGUGACGAGGGAGACAAAGACAGAUCAAAAAAAGGGAGACAGCGAACACUGAGGCGUAGUGACGUAAAGACGUGUGCCUCUUCAGUGUGUUAAGACAACAAUUUGAUGUGUCAGAAUAGUGCUGUCUAGGAAAACUCCAGAGGGUAAUAGAAUGUGAAGAUGAAUUAUGUGAAGGAAAGUGUCUUGGAGGUUGGUGGAGCGAUGUGUCUUGUACUGUACGUGCCUCCUGUCCUGCUUACCUGAAACUGGGAUGGGACUCGGGCUGGAAGCUCAAGCUGAUGGACCCUUGUCCCUGGAGUGACACAGACAGACAGAAUGUCAUAGUUGAAAAUGAAACCGCAUGGUGGCACUGUAGUUUGAUUAGGAUUUAGAAUAAUCGUAUUUUGUGACCAGUCCUGCUUGUUGUCCCAUUUCAGCUGUUUUCUGAGGGUUCUGGUAAAGUGUUAUUGACAGUUAUAAGAGGACUUGCUGAAGGACUUGUUGGAACAUUAUUAGAGGUUCUGCUGAAGGACUUGUUUUUGUCAGGCUGUUGGCAGUGGAACAUUCAAUGUGGCUUAUUUUACUUGUAGUAAUGUAUCCAACAAUUGCCUCCAAUUGCCUUUUUAGUGCAUGGCCAGGUAAUAUCAUGCCCAGAGCAGAAAGCCUAUGUGCAUUAUGACUUGCAGUGUUGUGGUUCAGUAUAUUUGUCCUUGGGGGCAAAUAGUCGGUGUUGUAUCUUCUUCUUUUUUUUUUUUACAGUGGGCAGGAUGAAAAUUGGGGGCUGUCAAUUUGAUUCUAAAUUCUAUUACAGUUUGGUAUAUUAUAUAAUUCAGCUAUAAGUUCGUCAUGUUUUUUAAAUGUGUUGAGCUCAAAAUAAGGACAGUACACCAGGUACUCUUUUUGAGGAAUGAUUCCCCCCCUAAUUCACAUCAAGAUGUAGACCUACUUUAAUAUCCUCUUAAAUCAGAGAUAUGGAAAAAAUUUAAAUUUACUCCCAUAUUGAUCCUAGGAUAUCCAUGAAAUAGUGUUUAAAAGACAUUGUAAUAAUGUUUUUAAAUUAAAUUAAUCACAAUCUAUUGAGAUGUGUGGAAUAGGCCUAAUACCCAGAGCCAAAAAAAAGUCCAUUUAAAUGUUUUAAGAAAAUGGUCAAUACAUUUUAUUGUUAUCAACAAGAUGUUAUUUUAAAAUUGGAGAGGUUUGUAGAUAUUGAUAUUUGAGCGGUUUUGUAGUACAGCAGUGAUUGUUGUAAGAGGAACGGCUGCUGAGGUCGAUCGUAGUAUCGCCUCUGGUGACACGAUCCUCAUCUGAUAAGAUAAAUUUCAAUAUUACCCCUGAUCCUGACAUACCACACUCACCGGUAUGUUCUCUCUGAGAUUGCACACGGUUGUAUAUAAAUAGAUAUUUUACUGUUUUAUACACUUUCGCCACAGGAAAAAAAAAAACAAUACGAAAACAACAAUGAUGGUAAUAAGGAUGUUACGUACAGCUUUUAUGUUAAUAUGUCUUUAACAGUUUUAAUGGUAAGGGGUAUCAUUAUUGUUAUUGAGCAAGUCUGCCUUUUUUCCAAGAAAAGGGCUGCUGAAGUGAAAGAAUGUUAUAGAGAUAUAAUGUUCAAUAGAUGCAACACUUUUGUAUUUAUCUUGUGUUCCCAUACUGACAUGGUGGUUGGGUCAGUGGGGAGUGUUUGAGGGGUUAUACGCAUGGGAGGCAUAAUGAGGUCUGGUCCAGUUUGUGGAUUGCUGUCUAUUGAACAGUGUUUAUUUCACAAAUUGUAAGAGUUUUGUUAACUUUCACAUAACCUUUGUCCAUCCCCACAACCCCAGUCUUAAGAAAUGAAAAUACUCUUUAUUUACAGGUAGACCUUCAGAUGUGAUUUUGACAUUGUAGGAUACAGUGACCUUCUUGCGUUGAUUUGAAAACAAGAUACGUGCAACAUGGAAGGGAUUGAAACUAAUGUGUAGAAUUGCACUGUAUAACAUGCCAUUGUGGUGCAGGGCUUCCUGUUAAAGCAGGAAGUGGGAUUAGAAGUCAGGUCAUAUCUGUCAUUUAGGAAUAUUGUUGCCCUUGCCCUACACGCAUGCACACACAGAAACACACACACACACACACUCUGUCCUGGAGUGUCAUGGAGACGUCCGCGCCCUAACACACCCUUAUGUAAGGCUAACAGUAGCUGUCAGGUUUGGCUUGUGUUACUUAGAGCUCUCCAGUAAUGCUACAAUGAGCUCCAUAGAUCUGCUUCUUCCGCUAGCGCACACCCAAUGUGCAAGUGUACUCAUAGAAAACACCUAUUUAAGAGCAUGCAGAAACAAAUGGAAUGUGUUCAGUAGACUUAUGUCAUUCGCAGAAUUUGUCAUUCGCAGAAUGUGUUUUUGUUUUUCAUUCAUUUUGAAUUGACAUUUUUGGUUUGAAAGAAGUGUUUAUUGUGAUUAAUUGUUAAUUAGUGAUGUGAUUAUUAAACAUUAAAAAACAAAAUGUUUAAGA